UUUAAAAGCGAUUGCAAAACCUUUCAGAUAACCCCUAUGUUUAUCGUCUUUGAAAGUAUAUAUAAUAGCAACAGUUUGAUUUCCUUCAAAGUUUCGACAAUAUGUUUAAAGAAAUUUUAUUAGUUUUCUUGUUUUCUACCACCGUGUUUUCCGAACACGAAGGAAGGAUAAGGAAACGGCAGGCGACGCACGAAUUCAAAAACAAAAAUUACUACUUGGAAACGCUAAUAAGGGCCAACUUCCACAAUUCCUUCAUGUUCUGCCAGAGGUUAGGCAUGCAAUUGUUAACGAUCAACUCCAACGAGGAAUACGAUUACAUAUACAAAAUUAUUACGUCUGAAUUGACAUUCGGUUGGGAUUCAAAGCUUUGGACUUCCGGGACAGACUUGGGAAGGGAAGGUAAAUUUAAUUGGUUGUCCACUGGGCAACCAAUUAAGAUUAAUAAGUGGUUGCGAGGGCAACCAGAUAAUGACCACGGUAGUGGUGAGCAUUGCGUAGAAUUUUGGAACAAUAGAGGAAGUAUAGGUUUGAACGAUGAUAAAUGUCACAUUGAAAAUAACUUUAUUUGCGAAAGUUUCAAGUAAUACAUAAAAUGUUAAAUAGUACAAAAAGGGCUAAAGUCAAUAUCCUUUUGCAGCAGUUGACUUUUUAUUAUAGUAUUAAGCUUUUAUUUUGUAUUUUUAUUGUUGCAAUAAAUAUUAUUAUUAUUAGUACAAAA